CAGCUGAUAGUCGCCCAGUAAACAUAAACAAAUGUUACAAGAACUCGAAAAGUAAUACAUUACAACAAAAUAAACAAAAACCCUUCUUUGGGAGUAAAAUAGAUGCUUAGAAGGGCGUGUUAUUUUUACCUGAUAGUUUAAAGAACUACUUUUUUAGUAAAAUGGGAAGAUCGACCACUAGAGCGUGCAGGGAUACCAGCUCAAAGGCCACAACUAAGGGGACCAAGGAUAACUCGAAACGAUACCGCGAGAAAAUAAAAAAGGACCCGAUCAAGUUUGAGGAAUAUCGGGCUAGAGAGGCUGAACGAAGUCGCCUGUAUCGCAAGAAACUGAAGGAAGUGGUUACGAAGAACAAGAAAGUUCUUAAAACAAAGAGAGAAACCGAUCGAAUCAGACAGCAAAGAUAUCGUGAGAAAAAGAGGGAGGAACUCGCUAAUCAGAAGUCGUUGGAAGAAAUGUUGAAGAAAGUUGAGCGGGCCCUGCCUGCCAAGAGUGCUCGAAAGAUUGAAGUCAUUAAAAUAUUAUACACAAAGUAUGUGGAACAAAGCCCUGAACCCUAAGUAACCUAAGAAGAGUGCUACACCAUCAUACGUAGGUCAAUUAGAAAUAGGAAAUCUCAAACACAAGAUGUCUUUCAAAUGAUAUUUAUAAAGAAUUCAAAUAUUUACAAUCUUUAUAAACUUCCUAUGGACUCUUUAAUGACCAGUUGGAAUAAAUAAGAACUUUACAAAUAAAAAAGACUUAUCUUUAAAACUAAAAUUAAA